UUUUUUUUUUCUAUUUUUUAUAUUCAAUUAUUUUUUAAAUUCAUUCGAUUAAUUCAUGAAUUUAUUCAACAAUUUGUCGAGCCUACUCAACCAAUUUUCGAGUAAAUCAAAUAAUUUUUCUGAAUAAAUUUAUUUCCUUAUUCAUCGAAGUGACAAACUUUCCUUCGCCAUAAAUAUACUCGUUGUUUUUAAUAAUCACGACAAUCGAAGUUUACAAAAUUUCGAAGAAAUGCACUCCUCGUUAUUUAUCUCGAAAUAAAUGAAAAAGAUUAUUAUACAGGACAAAUUGAGGGGUAUUAAUCUCCUAUCGCGUUACAUAUGCAACAUAGAAAGGUCCUUUUGGCAUGGCGUAUUUGAUAUACGAGAGUGCGGAACUAGGUACGGUCUUUUCCGGUUGCUAUGGAGGUAAACGAAGCUCCUGGGCAACCACGGAUCCGUGUUCGCUCGAUGAAUAGACAACAACUUAUCCGUUAGUAGCUUACUUCAAGUUGCCGGGUAAACUGUUAUCUCGAGAGCGCACACCCUUAAGAAACUCGAUCCGUCUGUGCAGGGGUUCUUUGAAGCGAGGAUGCUGCUUUGCUCGCCCACGUAAUAUUCUCUAAGCUUUAAGGUGGAAAGAAUGCGAGAGGAUAAAAAACGAGGAAUUGAUAGUGCGAAAAUCGUCGAGGUCCGACGACGAAAAUGUCGUUUUUCGUUGACGUCGUGACCGAGGACUCGUUCUAUGAAAAUUUGACCCUCGGAGUCGUUCGUAUUCUCGAGAAUAGUCCUUGCGUGAGAAACGUUAAGGUCGAGAGGCGUAACGCAUGCGAGAGAAGUGCAUUGUCAACUUGGGAACAACGUCAUUGCUGCUUAUUGCCUGAAGACUUGAAGAGCUUUUACGCCUCUAUAGACGGCUUUCAGUUGACUUGGAACCUCGACAUUUCCGGCGAAGAGUUUCCGGUCGGUAGGAUGUCGAUUGGCGAGUUCGCCGGUCUGAAGCGUUUCGUCGCUUCGAAAGAGCAUCAGGCGGAAGCAGAAUCGCGAGUGCAGCAGCAGCAGCAGCAGCAGACGACGAGAGAGGAAGAAAAAAGCGAAGUGCCAUCGGUGAGUCCGCGAUGGAAGCUUUUCGAGCUCGAGCAGUGUGGGAACGGAAGAAUUUUCUUGACUUAUCAAGUGCGUCCGGAGCUCGAUAUCGAGCCAGCGAUCUGGCUCUAUCUGGAGGAGGAUGGCAAGCCUUCGUGGUAUCAUUUGGCUGAUAAUUUCACCAAGUACCUUAGGAUGAUGCUCGUCCAUCUGGGGCUGCCUUUGUGGCAGCUGAGCGCGGUUGGAAUACCGCUGCCGACUUGGAUCGAGCAGGUCUACUAUCUCGUGGGUCCCCAUCUUUUGUCUACAAUGGGCAAACCGACGGAGACUGUUUCCGGAAGCAUUUGGAAGGAUGGACCGUUGAACACGAUCGAUACGGCGAUAUUCAAGGGUCGGGAGAGCAAGCAAAGGAACUCGAGGAAAAAGUGACUCGGUAGCUCGCGUCGUAUCGCUUUUUCUUGCUUCUCCAGCCCUGGGGUUGGUCUGGUUAAUAAAAAUGUGCA